AUGGCCGGCCCCGACCCGUACCCCUACGCCUCGGCCCCGGACAUCGUCCGCGCCCACCAAAAGGACGCCUACUUCGCGGGCCACCUCGCCAACGCCCUCGCCGACCUGCACCGCCGUCUCGCCGGCGCCCGCGCCGCCCACGCCGCCGCGCCCGAGGUUCGCGCCCUCGCCGCGCCCCUGCUCUAUCUUGGCCUCACCACCCUGCCGGGCAACCGCACCCUCGGCGAGGAGUACUGCGACCUCGUCCAGGUCCACGCCCCGGGCGGCAGCUUGCCCGCGCUCAGGGCUCGCGCUGCCUACGUCGUCGGCGCGGUCCUGGUGCCGUAUCUUGCCGCGCGGGGUUUGCCCCGGCUGAGGGGGUGGGUGCGCGCCGUCAUUGACCGGCGGCUCGAGAGGCUUCGACGGGACGCCAAGGCCCCGUCGCCGUCAUCUUCAUCCCUGUCCUCUACCGCCAGGGAGGCGCGCAUCCUCGACUACAUGGCCCGCCACCUCCCCAGCCUCAUGUCGGACGCGCCCCUCAACGCCCUCGUCCUCGCCCUCUUCUACUUCAACGGCACCUACUACGAGCUAACCAAGCGCCUCCUUUCCCUGCGCUACGUCUUCACCCGCACCGUCCCCGACACCCCCGACCGCGCCGGCUACGAGGUCCUCGGCGUUCUUCUCGUCGUCCAGCUCGCCGUCCAGGCCUUCCUACACCUCCAUUCCACCCUUCUCCUGGCCCCCUCGGCCUCGACCUCGUCCGCGCCCGCCGCCUCCUCCUCGUCGACUUCAUCCGCUGCCGCCGUCGGCUCCCCCCCCCGCCAACGCGGGCCCUUCCAACGCGCCACCGUCGACGUCUCCCUCGACCACGUCAACUCGUACGCCGCAAACAGCGACCUGCUCCUCUCCGAUCUCGGCGCCUCCCCCGGGCCCCAGGCCAGCCGCGUCGACCUCGCCACCGCGACGCACACCCCCGUCGCCGCCGGCCCCCGCUUCGACCUCGCCGACGAAAAGGUCAUGCCCUACAUCAGGGGCCAGCAGCAGCGCAAGUGCACCCUGUGCCUCGAGGAGCUCAAGGACCCCGCGGCCACCCAGUGCGGUCACGUCUUUUGCUGGGGAUGCAUUGGCGACUGGGUCAGAGAGAAGCCCGAGUGCCCGCUGUGUCGGAGGGAGGCCAUGGUGCAGCACAUUCUGCCGCUGCGGGUCAUGUAG